CUCCAAUCAGAUACGUUCGUGCAAAACAAAUUCAAUAACAUGUUCUGAUGUGGCAGUGUAUCCGGAAACAUGUUGCAGAGUUUUUGUUUAAGGUGACAACACAUUGUGCCGAAGCGUCUGAUCAAACAGUGAAAUCAUAAGUUGUUUAUUUUAGUUCAAUGACAAUGGCGCUGUUUUCGGAAUAUAUAUUUGUAGCCAGUCUAUCAACGCUUAUUACGAAUGCGUUGAGCUCAGAGUAUGGAUUCUUCAAUAUUGACGAGACAACCUUUCAACUCAAGUGGCCUGGACAAACUAUUUCCAUGGAGUCAGACUUGAUAAGCGAGGAAAUUAUUAUGAAAACAUUAGACAAUGAACAGUAUCGAUGUUUAUUACCAUCUAACAAUGAAGGAAGAGAAGAACAAAGAAUAAAAAAUUAUCAUGGUCCUACAGCCGAGGAGUUGAUGGAACCACUUUAUAAACAACUAUCCUGUUCUUACAGGAUUGAAUCAUAUUGGAAUUAUGAAUUGUGUCAUGGGAAACAUGUGCGACAGUAUCAUGAAGAAAAAGAAUCUGGACAAAAUAUUAAACUACAAGAAUUUUAUUUGGGAAAGUUUACCAAACAUAAAAAGACAGAAGAAAAAGAUCCAGAAAAAAAUACUGAGAUACCAACUAAAAAAAUUGAUGGUCAUGAUCUUCCGUAUUACGAGGUGGAAAUGGACGAUGGAACGUUGUGUGAUUUAGCCAAUAAUACUCCCAGAAAGAGUAAGAUACUGUACAUCUGUGAACCGACUAGUAAACAAGAAAUUUAUUCAUUUGAAGAGAUUAGUACGUGUGAAUAUGAAUUAGUGGUACUGACUCCAAACUUGUGUUCAAAUCCCUCGUUUAAACCCAAGGAAGUGCCAGUUAGUGAAAUAAAUUGUCAACCGCUGGCUGGUUCUCCGAUGAAGCCAAAAGGAUUGAGACAGUUGGAAUCUGAGGGCAACAAAGCACAAUACUCAUCUCAGACAACCCAGAGGCAUGUCCUAAAACCAGAGCAGAAGAAACCACUGCCUGUACCCAAGGAAGAACCAGUGGCUGAAUUCACUGACACACAGUUAAUAAGGGACUUUUUAAAUGGAGAUUAUUGCCUGCAUGGGGGACAAGGGUGGUGGAAAUACGAGUUUUGUUAUGGGAAAUUUGCGCAACAGUACCAUGUGGAAAAAACAGGUAGAACAACCAUCAAUUUGGGAUACUGGAAUGAAAAAGAACAUAGGGAAUGGUUCAAAAAAGUUAAAAAGACCAGAGGUCUAAAAAGUGUCUAUUUAUAUUAUGGCCAUGGAGACAUCUGUGAUAUGACUGGCAAACCAAGAAAUGUACAAGUCAAACUCAAAUGUAAAGAAUCAAAAUCACCGAAUGCAGUCAGUAUUUACUUGGUAGAACCCGCUACAUGUGAAUAUAUUCUAGGGGUGGAAUCUCCACUGAUAUGCAAAUUACUUGAUACAGCUGAUGAAGAUGGUGUUCUGCAUCCAGUUUUGGAAUGAAUCUCAUCUAUUAAUUUUUUUUAAAUUAACAUAUGUAAAUAUUCAUUUUUUUUCCCCAUUUCAUCCUUCUCAUAAUGGAUCAUGUACGGCAAUCUCAAACUUUGUCUCAGUGCCUGGGCUGACUGGAGGCCCCAGAUACCAUGGGUUCUUGACAAAUUUGAAAGCAAUAUGUCUCACUGUUUUAGAGAAAAAGUUGAAAUAGAUUUUCGUACACAAAUAUAAUUAUGAAAAGUCGCAAAUUGACUGAUAUUAGCAGAUAUGUAUACUUAUGCAUGUACGAGAAGAAGGGCUGCACCGCUAUAUAAUUUACUGACCUAAUCUGUACAGACGUUUUGAAGAAAUCAACAUUAUUAUCUGACAAUGGUUUAUCAAUCUGUUAUCUGCAGUCUAAUUCAACAACCAAAAUUUCAUGUAUGCUUGUAUAUUCACUUUAACAACUCGUAAAGAAGAUCAUAAAUACUAGUAUGUUGAACAUGAGGA